AUGUGUAGUAAUCAAAAUAUAGUAUUUGAUGAUUAUGAAGAUUACUUGGUGAAUUAUUUGCAAGGCAAACCAAAACUUGCAGUUUUAUUGGACUAUGAUGGUACAUUAACGCCAAUUGUUCAACAUCCCGAUCUUGCAGUAAUACCACCAGAAACCAAAGAAGUUCUAGAGAAGCUAGUGAAGAUUCCUGAAAUUUUUGUUGCAAUUAUAUCAGGCAGAAAUGUUUUGAAUGUUAAAACCAUGGUUGGUAUACAGAAUAUUACUUUUGCUGGGAAUCACGGAUUGGAAGUCAUUUAUCCAGAUGGUUCUACAUACAAACAUACUUUACCAAAAAAUUUUGAAGAACAAGUGAGAGUUUUGGUCAAACAAUUAGAAAAAACAGUUGUUAGAGAUGGUGCUUGGAUUGAAAAUAAAGGGGCUAGUCUUACUUUUCAUUUCCGUGAAUGUCCUGAAGAACAACGAAGCCAAAUAGAAACAGAAGCCCAAAAAAUAAUAGAAGAGGCCAAUUUUAAAGUGGGUAAAGCCCAUAUGGCAUUGGAAGCUAGACCUAAAGUUGAUUGGAAUAAAGGAAAGGUUGCUAUUUUACUAUUAGAAAAGGAAUAUGGUUCUAGUUGGCAAAAUGAAUCUAAGGUAAUAUUCGUAGGGGAUGAUACAACUGAUGAAGAUGCAAUUAGUGCUUUGAAGGGAAAUGCUGCCUCUUUUAGAAUUACCAAAUCUUGUACUGUCGAAACCCAAGCAGAGAAGCUGAUAAGUUCUCCAGAAGAAACUUUGAAGAUUUUAAAAUUAGUAGAGAAAAUCUAUCGAAAAUAG